AUGUCACCCUCGCAGGAAUUUUAUCAAGCGAUUCGAAGCCUGCGCAAACUAACGGAUCAACCGUCCGAAGAGCACUCUUAUCGGAUGGACAUCCCAUCUUUCCAAUCAGCAAAUCACCUGUUGAAGGUUGAGGAUGAGAUGCAGUUUGCCGAUGAUAUUGCAUUCUUGGCUCAAUGGCAAGAGGGUGUCGAAUAUGUGACGGCUGUCACUCUUCAGGAAAUGGCAAAUGGACUUGUUAUCCGUAUCGCGAGCAAUCACACACCAACAGAUAAAACAGUCCGCGAAUUGAAGGGAACCAUGGCUUUAGUGAGCGAAUACGCCUCCAAGGGAAAACGACGGGAUGAAUUUCGGGACAAAAUAUUCGACAAGAUCGUUGAUAUCCGUGAUGAUCGAAUUCUGAACAGAAUUCGUCCACCUUGGUUACCACAGCCUGAACGCUAUGUCAAGCGGAGGCCCUUUCUGCUCGCCCAAGUUCGGGCAUUUGUUGAUGAGAUUUCCGCAAUUAGAAGCCAUUCCCCUGCCUUUCAAAUCUUAGUACAGCCGGCGCGCCAGCUGAUAUCUUGCCUUUUGCCUUUCAAAAAACCUAUCCCCGAGAGUAUAAGAAAGGAGCACCAGAAAAAUGUCAUAAAAGCCUGUGCUGAAUUGGCUAACAUCGGUGGAACGGGAUUACUGGAGGAACACCUUCAUCGACUACAGGUUCCCCCUCAUAUCCGCGACAGAGGUGGAAUACGGCAAAUCGACAAGCUUGCACGAUACUUUUUUGUCUGUCGGGAUUUUAUCAAAGUUGGCCGACGUCCAGAGUACAAGCCCUUGUUCUCCAACAUUUCCAUUGAAACUUUAAAAGCUUUCGAAGGAUGGACGCCUGCAGGCUCUUCCUCCAUGUGCUUUGUUCACGCAGAAAUUCAGCAGAUUGUUCACUACACGAACCAUCCUUAUAAUCCUAGUCCGCGAUUUAUCGGCUGCAGCAAGUCCGCAUGCUAUCUUUGCGAUAUGUUCAUACAGAAGCAUAGCCAGUACCGAAUCUCCCAUGCUCACCGGCGGCUUUACGACAAAUGGACUUUACCCAAUCUAGAUUAUUCGACUUCCCAAGAGGCCCAACAGCUCCAAACCAUAUUGCAAUCCAUGACCGAGGAAAUGGAAAUCACGGCCAAAGGAUUUCAACGAAGUCUUCGGCCUCCGAAGCAGUAUGGAGCGGAGAGCAUUGCAUUCUUACCUCUAACUAGUGGCUCGACGGCGAGCAAUACUUCCAUUGCCACCCGACAACUUUCUAUCCCACACGUGUCCCCCAUAUCGAGCCUCAAAUCGGACUAUAAUACCAAGAUUGCGACCACCAGCUUUUUGAGAACCCGAUCCGAAGGAGGGUCUAGCAGAACUAGCAAUGCGUCUUAUCUUCUUCUUGGCCAAGACGAUCUGCCAUAUUCACUUAAUAUCAAAGACAUUAGGCACGAGUGCUUGAUUCGAAUCGGUGCAAUCUUUCUUGAUAUCGAGCUUGUUACCCCUGGUCGGCUCUCUAUCCGCCAUGCAAUGGAUAAUCCACUGCCCAGAGAUGUUAUAGAUAUCUGUCAGUUAUCUACAAUUACUGAAACAAAAGUGACUCAUAACGCAUCUUUAUCGAAUAUGCAACUAUUCCUGCGCCAUUCCAGGGGUCUUACGAUAAUUCUUGACUUUGUCCGAGACGAGGCUUGA